AUGCCUCCAACAAUUAUUUUGAUCAGACAUGCACAAGCUCUUCACAAUGUGUCUCAUAAGGCACGCAACUAUGAGCUACAUGAUCCGGCGUUGACCGACCUUGGCUUUGGAGCACAGUGUGACGAAUUAGCCAGAUCUCUCAAGGAUGACGUUCCACUCGCUCAGGAAAUUGAUCUUAUUGUAGUGAGCCCCAUGAGACGAACUUUACAAACAGCGCAGCAAGGCCUGGGCUGGUUGAUAAAGCGUGGUGUUCCCGUUCUGCUUCGACCUGAAUGGCAAGAGAGCUCAGACAAGCCAUGUGAUACAGGAACUCCCAUUGAACUCAUGGAAAAGGAAUGGCCACAAUUCGACUGGUCAGCUGUUGAUCCACUGUUUCCAGCGAAGUCUGGUCUCUAUGAAUUUUCGAAAGAUGCUCUGAUCGAGCGAGGAAUUGUAGCUAAAAAAUGGUUACAGCAACGCCCGGAGAAAGUCAUCGCUGUAGUCUCUCAUUCGGCGUUCCUCCUGACUUGCAUCAGCUACAAACGUUACGCGAAUGCCGACUACAGGAUUUUCGACUUUGCGAAUGGUGACGGACAGAAGAGUGCUGAGCUCGUGGAAUGGGAGCUGACCGAAUCAAGAGGCGGAGGGCUAGGAAAGAGUCCGAGAGGGACUUUUGGAAUGUCCGUUAAUGACUACCCCAUGGAGAUCGAAAAGGACAUUGGACAGGCGACAAAUGAGAUGCCAAACUAG